UGCCUCGCUGCGGGCCCGAGGAUCGGACGUGGCCCGCCCGCGGCCGGGCACCGCGCUGGGCGACCGCGAUCCGGCGCCCGACCGGAGGGGGCGGUGCGCCGCGCUCUGUGCUGCUCGGGCGGACGGCGCCCGGGCCCGACUCCCCAUUGGUCAUCACCUCGGCGGGGAGGGGCCGCCCCGGGCCUGGGGCACCUGGAGUCGCCUCUCCGCAGGGAAAUCGGCGGCUGCCGGGCACGGGCGCCCAGAGGUAAAGGCGUCCGGAGGGAAGGCCCGGGGCCGCGGCCGAGCUCUCGGCCACCGGGUCUAACCUGCCCGCCGCUCCGGCGCCGGCCACGCUCGGAUGCCCCCUGCGCCCGCCCCGCCAGGCGGAAACUUUGCCCCGCCAAGUCCCCCGCCCGCCUAACAGCGCCUAGAGGCGCCUGGUCGACCGCGCGCCCCGCCGGGGCCCCGAAAUCCCGCGCGUGAUUGCGGGGGCCCCCCGGCGUCCGGCGCCCGCCGCGCCCCGCCGUGCGCGUGCGGCCGCCAGGAUGCGCUACGCAGACCCCUCGGCGAACCGGGAUUUGUUGGGGAACCGAACUUUACUCUUCAUUUUCAUCUGCGCCUUCGCCUUGGUGACCUUGCUGCAACAGAUCUUGUACGGCAGAAACUACAUCAAGAGAGGCCUCCAGUUUGGUUGGCAGAGUGGCGACCAGCUGGCCAAUUGGACGGGGCUCUUUAAUGUCACGGACGACCCGGCAGUGCAGAGCGGCAGUACCUCCAGCUCCAGGUACUUUGAAUUUUACGAGGGCCCGUUUGAAUAUAACUCCACGAGAUGCCUGGAGCUGAGGCACGAAAUCUUGGAAGUGAAGGUGCUGUCCAUUACAACACCUACGGCUCUUUUACAACCUAUGGGAGAAAAAGCACAGUACACGCUGCACAUUUCAGUGAGUGGGAGCUUCCGCCAGCCUUCUCUCCCACAUGGGACCACCACGAAUUCAUCACCCGCUGAGAGGAAUGUUGUUGUGCUCAUCAUGGCAUUUGGUUUCAAGGUGAAGCAGUCGGAGCUGUUUGACAGAUGGAAGAGCCUGCAGAUGUGCAGAUGGGCGAUGAAUAUCUCUGAAGCCAACCAGUUCAAGUCCACUCUGUCCAGGUGCUGCAAUGCCCCCUCCUUCCUCUUCACCACCCAGAAGAACACCCCCCUGGGGACGAAGCUCAAGUAUGAAGUGGACACCAGCGGCAUCUACCACAUCAACCAGGAAAUCUUCCGCAUGUUUCCCAAGGACAUGCCCUACUACCGGUCCCAGUUUAAGAAGUGUGCAGUGGUGGGCAACGGAGGCAUCCUAAAGAACAGCCGCUGUGGGCGGGAGAUCAACAGUGCCGACUUUGUCUUCCGGUGCAACCUACCCCCCAUCUCAGAGAAGUACACCAUGGAUGUGGGCGUGAAGACAGAUGUGGUCACUGUGAACCCCAGCAUCAUCACAGAGAGGUUCCACAAGUUGGAGAAGUGGCGGCGGCCCUUCUAUCGGGUGCUGCAGGUGUACGAGAACGCGUCGGUGCUGCUGCCCGCCUUCUACAACACGCGCAACACCGACGUGUCCAUCCGCGUCAAGUACGUGCUGGAUGACUUUGAGUCGCCGCAGGCCGUGUACUACUUCCACCCGCAGUACCUGGUCAACGUGUCGCGCUACUGGCUCAGCCUGGGGGUGCGCGCCAAGCGCAUCAGCACCGGCCUCAUCCUGGCCACGGCGGCGCUCGAGCUCUGCGAGGAGGUGCACCUGUUCGGCUUCUGGGCCUUCCCCAUGAACCCCUCGGGCCUCUACAUCACCCACCACUACUAUGACAACGUCAAGCCUCGUCCCGGCUUCCACGCCAUGCCCUCCGAGAUAUUCAACUUCCUGCACCUGCACAGCCGGGGCAUCCUGCGCGUGCACACGGGCGCCUGCAACUGCUGCUGAGGGUGGCGCGGGCUGGCCGGCCCCCGCGGCGAGCAGGACCCCGCUCCUCCUCUCCUUCCUGCGCCGGGCGGGGUGAGGGCGGGGGGACGGGGGGCGGUGGCUGGCGUUCAGGCUGUCACUACCUCGGGCGUUCAGCUUCCUGCGUGGGUGGUGUGGGCCAGGAGGCAGGACUGGGGGCCCCCGGGGCAGAGCCGGCUGUGUGCUAGGCUCUCUGGCCUGCGCGGGGCGGGGGGGGGG